CCGGACUUUAUGGCGUUGAUUUAAGAGGGCAUUUCCUCUGCAGGGGGGGAAAAGGGAGAGGGAGAAAAUGAAAGUCGUGCCCGGGUUUCCCGGAGCGGGAGGUGCUUUGUAGGAAGGUGAAAGCGCUGAUUUCACCAGGCAGUGAAAUUCCCCAAUUGCUUCAGGGUCAGGAGAGUGCCGGGGCAAUGCCUUAACGCUGGAAAUGAUCCCGCUCAGCAAACUGCCUUGAAGUGCUCGGAAGCAGAUAAAAUACUCGGGCUGUCGUCUGGCUGCGGGGAAGCUCUGGUGGAGCACGGCCAAGGUCCCCCCACAAGUGAGGGGCAGAGCGAAAUCCCGAGCUGCGGGCUUUGGGUGCUGCACCCGCGGCUGGCUUGUGCCCGUUCUCUCUGUCAGCUACUGAAAAAGACAAGGAUGCAGAGCUUGCAGCCGGACCCCAAAGCCCAGUACAGGAGCGUGUACGAAGCUCUGAAGAAGAUUGUCCUUACGGAGGGUUUCUGGAGGCCUUUACGGGGGAUUAAUGUCACCAUGCUGGGGGCUGGCCCUGCCCACGCAAUGUACUUCGCCUGCUAUGAAAAAAUGAAAAAGUCUCUAAGUGAUACUCUCCAGCAUGGAGGAAACAGCCACUUGGCCAAUGGUGUAGCUGGGAGCGUGGCCACGCUACUCCACGACGCGGUGAUGAACCCGGCUGAAGUGGUGAAGCAACGGAUGCAGAUGUUCAACUCCCCCUACAAGUCCGUCCUGGCCUGCAUAAGGACAGUGCAGAAGACAGAGGGGUUCGGUGCCUUCUACCGCAGCUACACCACCCAGCUCACCAUGAACGUCCCCUUCCAGGCCAUUCACUUCAUCACCUACGAAUUCAUGCAGGAGCAGAUCAACCCGCACCGGGAGUACAACCCUCGGUCCCACAUCGUCUCGGGUGCCAUCGCGGGGGCUGUGGCCGCUGCCGCCACCACUCCUCUGGACGUCUGCAAGACCUUGCUCAACACCCAGGAGAACACGGCCUUGAGCUCCAUGAACAUCAGCGGGCAUCUCUCGGGCAUGCUGAACGCCUUCAAGACUGUCUACCAGCUGGGGGGCAUCUCGGGGUAUUUCAGAGGGGUGCAGGCACGCGUCAUUUACCAGAUGCCUUCAACAGCCAUCGCCUGGUCGGUGUAUGAAUUCUUCAAGUACUUUCUCACAAAGCACAAGCUGGAGAAAAGAACAUCCUUGUGAAGGGCUUACCGAGGGGGAAUGUGAGUCUCCGCGUCCCCUCCGUGCGUCUCCGUGUGUGCCUGCAAGCCAGCCAGCUCCGGGUCUCUGAGGACCGUGCCAGGUCCCUGCUGGAUCCACGGCUGAUGUCCGCUUCUCCCUCCCCAGGGAAGGGAGGGAUUAAAGUGGUCCUCAGUCCCGUGUUCCCCCUCCGUGCUUAAACAGUGAAAUAGUUUAUAAAGACUUCUAAUAAUAUAUAUAUUUAAUAACUUUAUUUUUGGAGAAAUGAAAAUGCUAACUGAUAUUUGUGUCUCAAUCAGUUUGAAGAUGUAGUUUACUCCUGACCGGAAGGCUUAGGUUAUACAGCCUAGGCUGGGUUUUUUUUACAGCGAAGAAGCAAAAUAUCCUGUCGCAGAACUUACUAUUUUAUAUAAAUAGAUGGAUAAUGUUUAUCCUUUAUUUUUCUAUGUAGACAUUUGGGUUAUUUUUUAAAUACUAUUGCAGCUAGAUGCUGAGCUGUUUAAAAAGGGCUAAAUUCUUCCAUCCUGUGCAAGGAAGACAGAAAAGCAUUUAUUUUUAUAGCCAGAUUGGCUUUAAUUAUACAGCAUUUAGCCCCCAAAUGGUGGCCUGGAUCCUCCUGUGGGUGUCGAGGUACUUGGUAGCCCCUUGAGACUUGCUGGGAUGGAGGGGGGGAGAAGGAAUGAGGACACUUUGGGCAACAGCAGGGGCACCCUAAAAUACCUGGUCACUUUGUGGGGGAGAGGCGGGGGGGGAAACUAUCAAUUCAAUUUUUUACAAGGAGAUUCUUUAAAAAAAAAAAAAGUAGAUUUUAAAGAAUAGUAUUUUUUUUUGCAAACACUUUUUUUUUUUGUUAAAAAAAGGUACAUUUUUAUGCUGUGUGAUGGCUGAACAGUCUUCAUCCUCCCUUAAUUUAUUCAUACUUCUGUCUCACUGAGGCCCUCGUCCCGCUUACAGGAGCCACCGUGCAGCGCUCGAGAGCUGGUGGGAUGGAAGCGGGGUGCACGGAGCUGCUCUGCUCCCCCGGCGGGGGGGACCUGGAGCUUCUCUUUACAGUUCGGCUACUGAGUUGCAAGGGUCGCAUCCAAACCAGCAGCGAAAACCUUGGGAGAAGUCUUACCUGCAGAACCAAAGCCACCUCCCAGCCCGUGUUUGACAAUAAGCUGCUGCUCAUCUCUGGUUUUGGCGGGGGGCGGGGGGGAAACCAACCUAGAGAAGUUCCUCGUGCUGUGGGUUUGGUUUUGCUGCUGCAGGAUGCUGUGCUUUGCGGUGACCAGCAAAGCUGUGCCUGCUCGGGAAGGGUGGCAUCCUUGUUCCGUGCCCUGCUCCUCCUGAGAAUGCCUCUUCCAAACCAAAACAUCUCCUUCAGCCAGUUACUUGGGUGGUCAGGAGCCAGUGAGGGAUUUUAGGAGCCUGGAUGUGCAAAUAUAAGUUACAGGACACCAUUUGGCAAAUCUCCAUCCUCCCUGGAGCUUGCCCUGUCUGGAGCUGGUGCCAUCUCCUUACUGUUGGGCAUGGGGCAGCUUCUGGAGACGUGGCUCCAGCUUGCUGUAGGUACUGGGGGGGUCUACAGUGGGAGCAGCUCUUGGGCUGGCACGUGUCACUGGAGGUGUCCCCUCGGCCAGACCCGUUGUGUAGGAUGACACUAAGCAGAGCUAAUCCUUUUGCCCUGUUGUUUGGAGAAGGUAAAUCAAGGAGCACCUCUCUGGGUGGUGUUGCAUGUGCCUUGUGUCAAUGAACCUUGUACCACUGGUAAUGGUGAAAUGAGCUUCUUGAUGCCUUUUUUUUUUUUGUGUCACUUAAACUGAAUGAAUCACUGUGUCAAAUGCACCCUUGUGUCUUAAAAGUGUGAAAAUUGUAAGCUUGAGGCUGCUGAUCUCGGUGGAGAAGGCCCUCAGUGCGCUCUGUACGUGGAGUUCGUCAGGGCGGGGGGUCUUUGAGCUGUCUGUUAGCCUUGAAUGUCUGUUUUCUAUUGACUUUAGAAACUGGAGAGUCACUAACAGGAACCAGAACUGCACAAAAUAUUUCCAUGGGAGACGGGCGUAAACACUUAGAGGAAAAUUUGGGGUCGCUUUAAUAUUCAAAGAGGCAAACUGUAGCGUAGCGUGGAAGGCGACAGCUUUCAGUGCGACUUCGGUAGCUAGGAGCUAUGCUCGGCAAGGGGUCCCCAGUGCAUCAUCCUCUUCCUCUGGCUGCUUAGCUUUAGUAUUUCUGACUUUCCCUUGGCUCUUCUGGGAGAACUUCACCUUCCCAUUUGGAGUAACCCGUGAGUAGCUGGGACACCAAGGGUGGACGUGCCCAGGGGACAGAGCCCGUGGCCAUGGAGUGAUCGGGAAGGGCGGUCAUGGUUUCGGCCAGCUGAGCAUUGUACUUGGAGGGGGAGGCAACAUCCCAUUUCGGUUGCUAGCCAGAAAAAUGUGAGUGUGUCCUGAGUUUUGAGCACGUAAAUAAUUAUCAACCAGGUUUUCUUGGGGACUUUGCCUCGAGCUGAGAGUGGGUGAGGAGCACUUGUGUGUCUGUGGAGCUCCUCAUGGGUUACCCUGGGGUAUCUGAUAAAAUCAGGUGUCCCAUUCCGCAGCUGGGGACGUGCCCAGCUGGUCUAAUAAUUGCAGAGGUCUCUGAUGUGUUUAAAAUGUUUCCUGCUGUGCGCAAUGCUGGAUCCCCAGGCGAGAGCCCCUUCACCGAAGCUGUCGCUCCUCGUCUCCUCUUCUUCAGGGUUUGCAUUGGGAAGUUCUGCUGCGAGUCUGAAGUUUUAUUUUAACCUGGUAUGUGAAACAUGUACUGCUGCUUUGUCUGCAACGAAUGCACAUAUUAUUUAAGGGGGAGGAUGAGUAACUUUGUCUGCAGUUCUUAAUUUUUAUUGUUGCCUGCCUCGGAAUUUAAUGUAUUUCCUGAAAUGUAUGUUUAACAAUGCAGGAGUUCAUUUGUGAAAUGCUGCUACAGUUGUAUCACUGGAGCUCAAGGGAAAUAAAAUAUUCUGAUUUUUGGCC